AUGAGGGGCCGGCGGGGCAGGCCGCCCAAGCAGCCCGCGGCUCCCGCUGCGGAGCGCUGCGCCCCGGCCCCGCCGCCGCCGCCGCCGCCUACGUCCGGACCCAUCGGGGGGCUCCGCUCGCGGCACCGCGGCAGCAGCCGGGGCAGGUGGGCCGCCGCCCAGGCUGAGGUGGCGCCCAAGACGCGGCUGAGCUCGCCCAGGGGGGGCAGCAGUAGCCGGAGGAAGCCGCCGCCGCCGCCGCCGGCCCCCCCUAGCACCAGCGCCCCGGGCCGGGGGGGGCGAGGAGGCGGGGGCGGCAGGACGGGGGGCGGGGGCGGCGGCGGCCACCUGGCCCGGACCACCCCGGCCCGGAGGGCCGUCAACAAAGUGGUGUACGAUGACCACGAGAGUGAGGAGGAAGAGGAGGAGGAGGACAUGGUCUCCGAGGAGGAGGAGGAGGAGGACGGCGAGGCUGAGGAGACCCAGGAUUCCGAGGACGACGAGGAGGAUGAGAUGGAAGAGGACGACGAUGACUCCGAUUAUCCGGAGGAGAUGGAAGACGACGACGACGACGACGCCAGUUAUUGCACGGAAAGCAGCUUCAGGAGCCAUAGCACCUAUAGCAGCACUCCAGGUAGGCGAAAACCGAGAGUACAUCGGCCUCGUUCUCCAAUAUUGGAAGAAAAAGACAUCCCACCCCUUGAAUUUCCCAAGUCCUCUGAGGAUUUAAUGGUGCCUAACGAGCAUAUAAUGAAUGUUAUUGCCAUUUAUGAGGUACUGCGGAACUUUGGUACAGUUUUAAGGUUAUCUCCUUUUCGCUUUGAGGACUUUUGUGCAGCUCUGGUGAGUCAAGAGCAGUGCACACUUAUGGCGGAGAUGCACGUAGUGCUUUUGAAAGCAGUUUUGCGUGAAGAAGACACCUCCAAUACUACCUUUGGACCUGCCGAUCUGAAAGAUAGCGUGAAUUCCACGCUGUAUUUCAUCGAUGGCAUGACGUGGCCAGAGGUGCUGCGGGUGUACUGUGAGAGUGACAAGGAGUACCAUCAUGUCCUUCCUUACCAAGAAGCAGAGGACUAUCCUUAUGGACCAGUAGAGAACAAAAUCAAAGUUCUGCAGUUCUUAGUCGAUCAGUUUCUUACCACAAACAUUGCUCGUGAGGAGUUGAUGUCUGAAGGGGUGAUCCAGUACGAUGACCACUGUAGGGUUUGUCACAAACUCGGGGAUUUGCUUUGCUGUGAGACCUGCUCAGCAGUGUACCAUUUGGAAUGUGUGAAGCCGCCUCUCGAGGAGGUGCCAGAGGAUGAGUGGCAGUGUGAAGUCUGUGUAGCACAUAAGGUUCCUGGUGUGACUGACUGCGUUGCUGAAAUCCAAAAAAACAAACCAUAUAUUCGACAUGAACCUAUUGGAUAUGACAGAAGUCGGAGGAAAUACUGGUUCUUAAACCGAAGACUCAUAAUAGAAGAAGACACGGAAAAUGAAAAUGAAAAGAAAAUUUGGUACUACAGCACAAAGGUCCAGCUUGCAGAAUUAAUUGACUGUCUAGACAAAGAUUACUGGGAAGCAGAACUCUGCAAAAUCCUAGAAGAAAUGCGUGAAGAAAUCCACCGGCACAUGGACAUAACUGAAGACCUGACCAAUAAGGCUCGGGGCAGUAAUAAAUCCUUUCUGGCGGCAGCUAAUGAAGAAAUUUUGGAAUCUAUAAGAGCCAAAAAAGGAGACAUUGAUAUUGUUAAAAGUCCAGAAGAAAUAGAAAAGGAGAAGAAUGAGACUGAGAAUAAUAACUCCAAAGAUGCUGAGAAAAGCAGAGAGGAGUUUGAAGACCAGAGUCUUGAAAAAGACAGUGAUGACAAAACACCAGAUGAUCCUGAGCAAGGAAAAUCUGAGGAGCCAACAGAAGUUGGGGAUAAAGGUAACUCUGUGUCAGCAAAUCUUGGCGACAACACAACAAAUGCUUCUUCAGAAGAGACUAGUCCCUCUGAAGGGAGGAGUCCCGUGGGGUGUCUCUCAGAAACCCAUGAUAGCAGCAACAUGGCAGAGAAGAAGGUGGCAUCUGAGCUCCCCCAGGAUGUGCCAGAAGAACCUAACAAGACAUGUGAAAGCAGUAACACUAGUGCUACCACUACCUCCACCCAGCCUAAUCUGGAAAACAGUAACAGCAGCAGUGAACUAAAUUCUUCCCAGAGUGAAUCUGCUAAGGCAGCUGAUGAUCCUGAAAAUGGAGAAAGAGAAUCUCAUACACCUGUCUCUAUUCAAGAAGAGAUAGGUGAUUUCAAAUCAGAGAAGUCUAAUGGGGAAAUAAGUGAGUCUCCUGGAGGUGGAAGAGGAGCGUCUGGUUCAACUCGGAUUAUCACCAGGUUACGGAAUCCAGACAGCAAACUGAGUCAGCUGAAGAGCCAACAGGUGGCAGCCGCAGCCCACGAAGCAAAUAAAUUAUUUAAGGAGGGGAAAGAGGUACUGGUAGUUAAUUCUCAAGGAGAAAUUUCACGGUUGAGCACCAAAAAGGAAGUGGUCAUGAAGGGAAAUAUCAACAAUUAUUUUAAGUUGGGUCAAGAGGGAAAGUAUCGCGUCUACCACAAUCAGUACUCCACCAAUUCAUUUGCUUUGAAUAAGCACCAGCACAGAGAAGACCAUGAUAAGAGAAGGCAUCUUGCACAUAAAUUCUGUCUGACUCCAGCUGGAGAGUUCAAAUGGAAUGGUUCUGUCCAUGGAUCCAAAGUUCUUACCAUAUCUACUCUGAGACUGACUAUCACCCAGUUGGAAAACAAUAUCCCUUCCUCCUUUCUUCAUCCCAACUGGGCUUCACACAGGGCAAAUUGGAUCAAGGCCGUUCAGAUGUGUAGCAAACCCAGAGAAUUUGCGUUGGCUUUAGCUAUUUUGGAGUGUGCAGUUAAACCAGUUGUGAUGCUCCCAAUCUGGCGGGAAUCUUUAGGACAUACCAGGUUACAUAGAAUGACAUCAAUUGAAAGAGAAGAAAAGGAGAAAGUCAAAAAAAAAGAGAAAAAACAAGAAGAGGAAGAAACAAUGCAACAAGCUACAUGGGUAAAAUAUACGUUUCCAGUUAAACAUCAGGUUUGGAAACAAAAAGGAGAGGAAUACAGAGUAACAGGAUAUGGUGGUUGGAGCUGGAUUAGUAAAACUCAUGUUUAUAGGUUUGUUCCUAAAUUGCCAGGCAAUACUAAUGUGAAUUACAGAAAGUCAUUAGAAGAAACUAAAAAUAAUAUGGAUGAAAAUAUGGAUGAAUCAGAUAGAAGAAAAAGUCCACGAAGUCCAAAAAAAAUAAAAACAGAGUCUGAUUCUGAGAAAGGCGAGGUAAAAGAUUCAGAUGCUACAAAAGGAGCAGACCAAAGUGAAAUGGACAUUUCAAAGGUUACUGAGAAGAAGGACCAAGAUGUAAAAGAAGUUUUAGACUCUGACAAUGAUAAAUCCUUUAAGGAAGAACCGAUGGAAAUAGAUGAUGAUGUGAAAACAGAGUCACAUAUAAAUUGUCAGGAAAGUUCUCAAGUAGAUGUGGUCAAUGUCAGUGAGGGUUUUCAUCUAAGGACUAGUUAUAAAAAGAAAAUCAAAUCAUCCAAACUAGAUGGACUUCUUGAAAGGAGAAUUAAACAGUUUACACUGGAAGAAAAACAACGCCACGAGAAAAUGAAGUUGGAGGGUGGAAUUAAGGGUAUAGGAAAGACCUGCACAAGUUCUUUGAAAAGUCUGUCUGAAUCACCAGUAAUAACAAAAGUAAAAGAAGGGUGUCAAAGUGACUUGCUUACACAAGAACAGAGCUCUAAUGCAAGUAACGAUAAAUCUGAAGACUUGAUUCGGGGAUGUUCACAAAAUGAUUCCUCAAUUCUUGGAAUCAGUGAUCCUGAUCAUACAACAAACAAACUUUAUUCAAAAGAUCAAAUGCUAGAUGAUGCCUCCAUUCAGAGCGCAGAGACAAACUGUCAGAAACAAAAUUCUGUUCGAAAUGACGUAAAUGAGAGUCUCUCUGACCCUGCCAGUAAAGGCCAGGAGCCCAGUAAGAUUAAAACAAAAGGAAGUGAUUUUCUCAUUGAUGACGCUAAACUAGCCAGUGCAGGUGAAAUUGGUACUUUGAUCUAUAAGAACAAAAAACCACUCAUACAGGAAGAUAAUGACACCAUUGUGUCUCCUUCCCAGAGCCCUUUACUUCCAUCAGUACCUAAAAGUACUGAUGAUAGAGAUAUCCCAUCUCUGUCAAAAGCAAUAGACUUUGAAGGAAAAUUGGGAUGUGAUUCUGAAUAUAAUAGCACUUUGGAAAAUAGUUCUGAUACUAUGUCUAUUCAAGACAGCAGUGAAGAAGAUAUGAUUGUUCAGAAUAGCAAUGAAAGUAUUUCUGAACAGUUAAUAACUCAAGAACAAGGUAGUGAAGGCUUAGAACCAUUGAAACAUGAGUUUGUUUCAGAUAAGACCACUGGAAACUGUGGCGACAGGCUGCAGGCUAAGGUAAAUGAAGCAAAUGGUAAAAAAACAAGUCAAGAUCAGAAAUUAGAGGAGAGACCACUUAAUAAAUGUAUCGAUCAAAUCAAUCUGAAAAGUGUCACUGACAAAAAGAAUAAUGAAAACCGAGAGUCUGAAAAGAAAGGACAGAAAGCAAGUACCUUUCAAAUAAAUGGAAAAGAUAAUAAACCUAAAGUAUAUUUGAAAGGUGAAUGCUUGAAAGACAUUUCUGAGAGUAAAGUAGGAAGUUGUGACAUUGAACCAAAGGUUAAUAAUAUAAAUAAAAUAAUUCCUGAAAAUGAUAUUAAGUCUUUGACUGUUAAAGAAUCUGCUGUAAAGCCAUUCAUGAAUGGUGAUGUCAUCAUGGAAGAUUUUAAUGAAAAAAACAACUUGGAAACAAAAUCAUGUUUACUGAGGUCUUCGGAUACUGAAGGCGACUACCAAGAUCGCCUAGAGACCCUGCCAUCAACCAAACAGUCUGAGGGUACCCAAGCUACCACGCCUCUGCCAUCUUGUCCAGAAAGCAGCAGUUCAGCCAAUCAGGAAGAAGACAUGGAAAUUGAAACCUGCGAAGUUAAGAAAGUUACUUCGUCUCCUGUUACUUCUGGAGAGGACUCUAACUUCAGUAAUGAUUUUAUUGAUGAAAAUGGCCCGCCCACCAACAAAGAUGAAAAUGUCAAUGGAGAAUCUAAAAGAAAAACAGUCAUCACAGAAGUCACCACCAUGACGUCCACAGUAGCCACAGAAUCAAAAACCGUAAUUAAGGUAGCAAAAGUUGAUAAGCAGACUGUGGUCUCUUCCACAGAAAAUUGUGCCAAGUCCACUGUCACAACCACCACUACAACGGUAACAAAGCUUUCCACGCCCUCCACAGGCAGCAGUGUGGACAUAAUCUCUGUGAAGGAGCAGAGCAAAACUGUGGUCACCACGACAGUGACAGACUCACUGACCACCGCAGGAGGCACUCUGGUAACAUCUAUGACCGUGAGCAAAGAAUAUUCCACAAGAGACAAAGUGAAACUCAUGAAGUUUUCAAGACCCAAGAAGACUCGUUCAGGUACAGCUCUGCCAUCGUACAGAAAGUUCAUCACCAAGAGCAGCAAGAAGAGCAUAUUUGUUUUGCCCAAUGACGACCUAAAAAAAUUGGCCAGAAAAGGAGGAAUCCGAGAAGUCCCUUAUUUUAAUUAUAAUGCAAAACCUGCCUUGGAUAUAUGGCCAUAUCCUUCUCCUAGACCAACCUUUGGUAUCACUUGGAGGUAUAGACUUCAGACUGUGAAGUCCUUAGCUGGAGUGAGUCUUAUGUUGCGGUUACUGUGGGCAAGUCUGAGAUGGGAUGACAUGGCAGCCAAGGCUCCUCCAGGAGGAGGGACUACACGGACAGAAACAUCUGAAACUGAAAUCACAACAACAGAAAUAAUUAAGAGGCGAGAUGUUGGUCCUUAUGGCAUUCGAUCUGAAUAUUGUAUCAGGAAAAUCAUCUGCCCCAUUGGAGUUCCAGAAGCACCAAAAGAAACACCUACGCCUCAGAGGAAAGGCCUUCGAUCGAGUGCAUUGCGGCCAAAGAGACCAGAAACGCCCAAGCAAACUGGCCCUGUUAUUAUUGAAACCUGGGUAGCAGAGGAAGAGUUGGAAUUAUGGGAGAUCAGGGCGUUUGCUGAGAGAGUGGAGAAAGAAAAGGCACAAGCAGUUGAGCAACAGGCUAAGGUUAGUGAACAGAAGAAGGCAGAGGACUUCAAGGCCCAAAUGGAGGCUCAUCUCAAACAGCAGCGAUUGGCUGCCCAGCAGAAACGAUUGGAACAGCAGAAGCCUACAGUAAUUACAGCUUCCACUACUUCCCCAACAAACAGUACAACUAGUACCAUCUCUCCAGCACAGAAAGUUAUGGUGGCCCCCAUAAGUGGCUCAGUUACAACUGGCACUAAAAUGGUACUAACUACUAAAGUUGGAUCUCCAGCUACAGUAACAUUCCAGCAGAACAAGAACUUUCAUCAGACCUUUGCUACCUGGGUUAAGCAAGGCCAGUCAAAUUCAGCCACCAGCACAGCUGCCACAUCUGCUACAACCAUUGCCAGCACAGGUCAGACGUUCCAAAUUACAGGCAAUCCAGUCACUAUGGCAGGAAAAGUAAUUACCAAACUGCCACUUCCUGCAAACAGCAAGAUUGUCGCUGUAAAUGUGCCAGCAACGCAAGGAGGCGUUGUUCAAGUACAGCAGAAAGUCCUGGGUAUCAUUCCAUCCAGUACAGGUACAAGUCAGCAAACCUUUACUUCAUUCCAGCCCAGGACAGCAACAGUCACGAUUAGGCCCAAUACCUCAAGCUCUGGAGGAACUACAAGCACUUCCCAAGUAAUCACAGGGCCUCAGAUCCGCCCUGGUAUGACGGUGAUUAGAACACCACUCCAACAGUCAACACUAGGAAAGGCAAUUAUUCGAACACCUGUGAUGGUACAGCCAGGUACUCCUCAACAGGUUGUGACGCAGAUCAUCAGAGGGCAGCCUGUUUCCACUGCGAUCUCUGCCCCUAGUACAGUUUCCUCAACACCUGCACAGAAAGGACUAACUUCAGGAGCACCCACUGCAAGUCUACAGCCUUCAACCUCACAGCCCCCUCGCCCCCAGCAAGGACAGGUGAAGCUUACCAUGGCUCAACUCACCCAGUUAACACAGGGCCACGGUGGCAAUCAAGGUUUGACAGUAGUGAUUCAAGGACAAGGCCAAACUACUGGACAGUUGCAGUUGAUACCUCAAGGGGUGACUAUACUUCCCGGUCCAGGACAGCAGCUGAUGCAAGCCGCAAUGCCAAACGGUACCGUCCAGCGGUUCCUCUUCACGCCACUGGCAACAACGGCCACGGCAACCAGCAGCACCACCACCACUGUUUCCACUACAGCAGCAGGUACAAGUGAACAAAGACAGAGUAAAUUAUCGCCCCUGACACAGGUGCAGCCAGCCAAGAGCCUGCCUCCAGCUCAGCCGUCGAGCAUGAGUCCUGCAGAAGCCCAGCCUCAGACUGCUCAGCCCGCACAGCCCCAGCCCCCAACCCAACCCCCGUCCCCAGCUCAGCCUGAAGCCCAGACCCAAGCAACUUCUGCCUCCCACGUCCCUCCUGAAGCACAGCCCACCCAAGCACAGUCCUCCAAACCCCAAGGUGCAGGACAGUGUCAGCCUCAGAGUAAUGUCCAAGGACAGUCUCCUGCUCGUGUCCAGAGUCCACCACAGACUCGAAUGCGUCCAUCAACUCCAUCCCAAGUGUCUCCUGGACAGCAGUCCCAGGGUCAGACUACAGCCUCACAGCCGAUUCCAAUUCAGCCACACACAUCUCUUCAGCCACCUUCCCAGGGCCAGCCACAGUCACAACCCCAGGUACAGUCUUCAACUCAAACUCUUUCAUCAGGACAAACGUUAAGCCAAGUUACUGUUUCGUCCCCAUCCCGUCCUCUGCUCCAAGUACGGCAGCCUCAGCCCCAAGUCCUUGCUGUGCCGCAGCUGCAACAAGUCCAGGUUCUCUCCCAGAUCCAGUCACAGGUUGUGGCUCAGAUACAGGCUCAGCAAGGUGGUGUGCCCCAGCAGAUCAAACUCCAGGUCCCCAUUCAGAUGCAGCAAAGCAGCCCUGUGCAGACUCAUCAGAUUCAGAAUGUGGUUACAGUGCAGGCAGCCAGUGUGCAAGAGCAGUUGCAAAGGGUUCAGCAACUCAGGGAUCAGCAGCAAAAGAAGAAGCAGCAACAGAUAGAAAUUAAGCGGGAACACACCCUCCAAGCUUCUAAUCAAAGUGAAAUCAUUCAGAAACAGGUGGUGAUGAAGCAUAAUGCUGUAAUAGAACAUUUAAAACAGAAAAAGACCAUGACUCCAGCUGAAAGAGAAGAGAAUCAAAGAAUGAUUGUCUGUAACCAGGUGAUGAAGUAUAUUUUGGAUAAGAUAGAUAAAGAAGAAAAACAGGCAGCAAAAAAACGGAAGCGAGAGGAGAGCGUGGAACAGAAACGUAGCAAACAGAAUGCCAGCAAGCUCUCUGCACUGCUCUUCAAGCACAAAGAGCAACUCAAAGCCGAAAUACUGAAGAAGAGAGCACUGCUAGACAAAGACCUACAAAUUGAAGUGCAGGAAGAGCUCAAGAGGGACCUGAAAAUUAAGAAGGAAAAAGACAUGAUGCAGGCCACAGCUGUCGCUGCCACCUCCCCCGCCGCAGCACCGGCACCUCCAGCCCCUCCACCCUCCCCGCCACCUCCACCCCCGCCACAGCACUCGGGCCCCCUAGCCACGGCCACGGCCACGGCCACGCUGCCUGUGGCUUCCCAGAAGAGGAAGCGAGAAGAGGAAAGAGACUCAAGCUCCAAGUCGAAGAAGAAGAAAAUGAUCUCUACUACCUCAAAGGAAACGAAGAAGGACACAAAGCUUUACUGUAUUUGUAAAACGCCUUACGAUGAAUCUAAGUUCUAUAUUGGCUGUGAUCUUUGUACUAACUGGUAUCAUGGAGAAUGUGUUGGCAUCACAGAAAAGGAGGCUAAGAAAAUGGAUGUGUACAUCUGUAAUGAUUGUAAACGGGCACAAGAGGGCAACAGUGAGGAAUUGUACUGUAUCUGCAGAACACCUUAUGAUGAGUCACAAUUUUAUAUUGGCUGUGAUCGGUGUCAGAAUUGGUACCAUGGGCGCUGCGUUGGCAUCUUGCAAAGUGAGGCAGAACUCAUUGACGAGUAUGUCUGUCCACAGUGCCAGUCAACAGAGGAUGCCAUGACAGUGCUCACGCCGCUAACAGAGAAAGAUUAUGAGGGUUUGAAGAGGGUGCUGCGUUCUUUACAGGCCCAUAAGAUGGCCUGGCCUUUCCUUGAACCAGUGGAUCCUAAUGAUGCGCCAGAUUAUUACGGUGUGAUUAAGGAACCUAUGGACCUCGCCACCAUGGAAGAAAGAGUACAAAGAAGAUAUUAUGAAAAGCUGACAGAAUUUGUAGCAGAUAUGACCAAAAUUUUUGAUAAUUGUCGUUACUACAAUCCAAGUGAUUCUCCUUUUUACCAGUGUGCAGAAGUUCUUGAAUCAUUCUUUGUACAGAAAUUGAAAGGAUUCAAGGCCAGCAGAUUGUGAUAUCUUUAGUCUGAAUUUUUAACUGGAAUCAGAACUGGAUGUUGGGGUCACUCUUUUAUUGUACCACUUGAUUACCUAAUUCAAAAUUGCCCCCCAGAGUUCAGAUGAGUUAAUAUAAUUUUUUAAUGUUUAAAAAAAGCUGUAUAGUAGUAAACAAUUUAUUCUAGCAGCCAUGUUGAACAAUGUAUUUAAGAAUUGUAAACUCCGAGAAGACUGUAUUUAUAUUCACUGUUGCAAUAGAACAUACUUGAUAACUGUACAGGAACUUGGUUUACUAACAAAAGUUGUUAAUAAAACUGUGAAACUAGAAAGGACACUUUCUGAAAUUUAAUAGAAAAAUGUGAUUUUAAUACUGUUAUUUUUCUCCUUUUAAUAUUUUUUUCCUUCAUAUUCCCCAACUCAAUGUAAAUAAAUGCGUGCGUACGUACACACACACACACACACACACACACACACACACACACACACACACACCUUCUACCACAAUGGUAAUGCUUCUGUAAAUGUCUCUAUUUGUUCCUUUGGCUAAAAAUGUUGUAUUGGAUAUAUAUAUAUAUAUAUGUAUAUAUAUUUAUAUUUCUUUUUUUUAAUAUUGGCUUUUUCCAAUGAAUUACCACGUUUAGUGUACAAUGAAAAUUUUUAAUUUUAUAGGGUAAAAAUUUCUUACUUGUUCUCAUAUAUUUGCUUGCUAAGGGUGAAUGAAAGAACAUGGCUGCUUUCCCCAGACAGACUGACCUUGGCAUCCGCAUAAAGCAUCACUGUUUUCAAAAAUGAAGGGUGCUUAAUUGUUCCCUUUUUUCUGUAUUCUGUAGGUCUCAUAACAACAAACUGCAGUCUACAGCUUCUUAAAGUUCAGCGUGUUAACCUAACAUAAAACACAGCAAGAAUCUGGUUGAACUGUUUUAAAUUAAGGAGCCAGAUGUUUUUAGUCAGGUUAUCCUGACAAGACUUGACCUAAACUUCGUUUUUAUUGGUCAUAACAGUCCAAUUAUAUUCUUGGCCAAUUUUGUCCAACGGACAAGGGAAAAGCAAAGUCAACGACACCAUUAUCUUGUCAAGAUCAAAUGGUUUUACUAUUGUGGCAGAAGCGGGAAAACUUUGUUUAUUGAAGAAAAAAAAAAAGAAAGAAAGAAAGAAAAAAAGAUAAUAUGGGGUCAAGUGUAACUCCAUGGAAAUGCCACGUCUGCUCUUCAGUGAAGAAGCUGGUUUAGAGUCUCACAGAAAACUUUCAACUGUAUUUAUUUAUUGUUGCAAAAAAGACGCUUUUUUAUUGCUGCCCUCAUUUGUCAGCUAAUUAUUUUUUCUUAUAAAAUCCAGCCCGGUUACAUGUAAUCCAUUCUGUAUCUUAUCAUGAUUCCUGUAGGUAAAAGUACAAGACGACCUCUAGAUGUCUUUUCUUUCUAUGAAAGGAGCUGCUAUGUACACAUGUGCACACACACACAACUGGGAAUCAACAAUGAGUUUAUUGUUCAUAGUAGAUAAAAAUUAAGCUUGCAUAAAGGUUGGGCUAGUGGUCCUGGACUACAGACUCUGUUGCCUUGAAUAUAACAGUACAAUUUGUCAUUUACUCUGCACCAGGUUAAAAUGAGUAAAAUCUAUUUGAAGGUAUCUUGUUUGUAAACAUUUGUCAGAUUCUAAUUUUUUUUCUUUUUGUAUUAAAAUUCAAUUAUGGAUGUAUAUGAAACAAAAUAAAUGGAGAUAAUUUUUCUCCCACAGACGGUGUCUUUGAAUGUGCGCUAAUGAUUCUCUGUAAGCCAUUGAGGGGAAAGGGAGGGCUGCAAGGUAAAUAAAUAAAAGGCAGAAGGAUCUGAUUGUACCUGGAUUUCUCCAGGGUAGUAGUGGUCCUUCAUUUUAUAAUUCCCAGCCCACUGUCAUCACAUCGAAGAAAAAUAUUCAGGGGUGCUAAUCCUGUUGCAUCAAUUGAUCGGACUAAUAAAAAGGUAAUGUGACAAAAUACACAUCGCCUUCAUCUGUACGUUAUAUGAUACCGGGCAAAUUAUCAGUUACAGGCCACUGCUUGUAUUUUAUGAAGGGCAUUUUUUAAAAUGACUUCAUCCUUUUUGUAUUUGUUUGUUGGUUGAGUUUUUUGGGGUUUUUUUCCCACAUAAGAAGAAGUAGUGUAAGCGGUAGGGGAAAAAAAUGGAAGCAGCAGAGGAAGGCGUACUUUGCAUGUUUUUCCUUUCAGUGUUCUAAUCCUACAUGUUGUAUUUCUUCAUUGUAAUAAUAGCUUCUGUGAGAUCUGCCAUAGUUGGUUUAUGCAGCUUUGCAAAAAUGUUACUAGAUUUUGCACUAAUUCGUAUUAGCUUUGUCCUACCAAGUUCUGGAAUUUAUCCCAUUAUUGUUUUUUAAAAGUUUCUUUCUGUUUAAUAUCACCCUGCUAUGCAAAACCUUUCCCGGACCGUAGUUUCUUAAAAGAAAGACGUUGCUAACAGUUCCCAGUUCUUUCUUCUUACAGGCUCAGGUGUACAAGUUAUUCUGGGUUAAUUUUAUCUAAUGAAGCCCAUUCCUUUUUGUACAUAAAAAUAUCACUUAAACUUAUGCUUACAAACUAAAGAGACUAAUUGCUCAAUAUUGAAAACAUGGAAACAGUUUUUGCUUAAAAUACUAACAUGGAAGUAGUCAAAUAUAGGUUAUUUUGUCCUUUAACUUUUAAAAAAUGUUACAUAUUGUAUGCACUGUGCUGAUGCAAGAAUCCUACAUUUUAAUGAAUUAUAAAAUUAUUCUGCAUCUCAUCAUGUCACAGUAUUUCUGUACUAUUUAUUCAUAUAUAUAUAUAUAGAUAUAGAUGGGCUUAAUCAUUUAAAACUUGUUGCAGCAAGAACUUUCCUACCUGUAGGCAAUAGAUUGCUAUGUUUUUAAGAGAUUGUGGCAAAUUUAAACAGCAGUUCUUUUUGUACGUAAUAGGACAUUUCAUCCUAGAAAAAUAAAGUAAUGUUUUUGACAUUGGAUUUGGUGCGGUUUCUAAUGAAACAGUGGUUGGUUGGUUAACAUAUUUUCUGUAGAUGUUGGCAUUGCCAGAUUGUACAAAAAAGGUAAAUUUUGUGGGAAUCCUCAGGCCAGGAAUAUGUUAAUUUCAUAUAUGUAUUUAAUAGUAUAAAGCCUUUUGCAGUUUCUAUCACCAUAUAAAUACAUAGACAUUUUAUGGUUUUAUCAACUACAGAGCUUCAGUGUUUCAAAAGUAAUUUUUGGAAAAACAUGCAUUCUUAUACUGAGUUUCAAAAGCUGCUUUUCUACGAGUAUUUGACAAGCUUCUGCUACUCAGUAAAAUAUACAUAUUACAGCUAUUUUGCUUUCAAUAAUCCAAGUAGUAGAAUGCACAUUUGUUAUACUGUUUUGAUUUUUCUACACAGUCUUUGGGCUUGUAUAUAUGUUUAAUUUGCAUCAACAGAUUUCCUUUGCUAAAAGUAUUUUCAAUGCUUGUUAUAUUUCAUCUGCCAGGUUCACAAUCCUUGAAACCAUUUCAUAAAACGUAUUUUCAUAAUAUUGGUAAGGCUUUUUUCUCCUACCCAAAUUCUGCAGGAUUUGCACUUUAGUUAAUGUCCUGCAGUAGUUUUUAAAAAUUGUGAACUUUCAGAGAUAUUUUCUAAAGUAAAACAAUUACCUUUUUAUAUUUCAAGUGGCCUGGAGUGUUAUUAAGAGACUCUGAGAUUUGCUGCUGUUUGUAAUCUACCUUCCUGGAAUCUGCAAAUAAAAGUUCUUUCCCUAUUUCUGUUCAUUUGUUAGGCAAACUCCCUGCAUCUUUGUGUGUUUCUGAUACUAAAGAGCCAGUGUGGUGACCUUUUAAAUCUACACACUUAGCCUCACGACUGAGGCCAUUACCCACAAGUGUCAGAUUUCUUGUCCGUAAAAUGAGAAUGGUGAUCUCUCAUGAGCAAAGUAAUGUCUUGGGGGAAGGAUUUUUAAUAAACUGAAAUAUUCUGAAGUACUUCUGGAUACUUGGAACAAGAUACCGAAAAAGACAUUUCCUAGAUAACACCCUGCUUGAUCUAGUUUGGACCAAAUUCAACUAAAGGAAAUAAGUGCUGUAUUUUUUAAAUGAUAAAGUCCUGUACCCAAAAUUGAAGUUACUCAUUUGUAGGUAGUGGGUCAGUUUUUAGGUGUUUGCAUAUACCUGUGUUUGAUCAACCUUAAAAAUGAUUUUAAGAGAAACAUAAACAGUGCUAAGUGAUACCUCUCAAAGACAGUUAAAAGCUAGUACAAAAAAAAAUGUAUGUUUUAUAGACCUUUCCCUACCAAAAGAAAAACACUUUUUUCUGCUUGAGUUCCAACAGCUUGAUGGAAGGAGGGAUGUGUUGAGCUCCUCAACACAACGGUAUUUUAUUGUGCCCGUGAUCCUUUAGUCUUUGGAACACAAACCAUGUGCUAAGGAAAGUAUAUCAACAGGAGAAAAGGAUUCAGAACUACAGUGAAUUUGGGAAUUAAAUUUUUCCAUAAAAUUAAAAGAUUGUACCGAAGGUACUGACUGAAUAUUGAGAAGAUUCUCCUUAAACUUUUUUGCCUAACCUGGAAUUCCCAGUCUGUUGUGCACCGCCUCCCGUGCAUAUAUCCCCAUAUGCACCACUGUUCUACCUCAUUUGAGCCUCAAUCACUAUCUUUUUUUUUUUUUUUUUUUUU